AAAAGAGCGUCCAGUUUAUCUAAAGAGGUAUAUAGACCACGAAAGAAACCCUAGUUAUCAAACUAGUUGGUCGAGCGAUAGUGUCAGACGGCGGGAGUUUCUCAAUCUUUUCUCUCAGACAGCUUUUCUCUUCAGAUCGAACAAUGUCUCUGGUUGCGAACGAGGAGUUCCAGCACAUUCUGCGUGUGCUCAACACUAACGUUGAUGGAAAGCAAAAGAUUAUGUUUGCCCUUACCUCUAUCAAGGGUAUUGGGAGGCGGUUGGCCAACAUUGUCUGCAAGAAAGCCGAUGUCGACAUGAACAAGAGGGCUGGUGAGUUAUCCGCAGCUGAGAUCGACAACCUCAUGACAAUUGUUGCAAACCCAAAACAGUAUAAGAUUCCAGACUGGUUCUUGAACAGACAAAAAGACUACAAAGAUGGAAAGUAUUCUCAAGUUGUCUCCAAUGCCCUUGACAUGAAGCUCAGAGAUGAUCUUGAACGUCUCAAGAAAAUCAGGAACCACCGUGGUCUGAGACACUACUGGGGUCUCCGAGUCCGUGGACAACACACUAAGACAACUGGUCGCAGAGGAAAGACUGUUGGUGUGUCUAAGAAGCGUUAAGUCAAUGUUGCGGCUUGAUUGGAUCUUUGGUAACGACCAAUUUAAGUUUAGUUAUGUCGUACAAUUUUUUACGACUCGAUUUUGGGUCUUUUAUGAGAGCUUCACUGCGGUUAUUUUACAUUUACGACUUUUGUCAAAAGACACUUCUUAAUUGCAUCUUUCUCUAGAAAAAAGUAUCCAAAUUUUGUUUUUCGCCGUAGGCAUGUCGGGUCUGGCCCGUUCCAAAUUCCAUAAAGUCCAUAUA